AUGACAUUCCAUUUUCACCUAUUAGCCUGGCUUUUUCACUUUGGCUUUGCCAACAAAGCUGAUCCUUACUAUUGUUACGGGGACGGAGUUCUUCACAAAGUGAGUUUUUGCUUACUUUCAAGAAGAUUGGUUACCGUCAUGAACCUCAAAGAUGUUAUGAUUAUGUCGAAGAUGUUUUCCAUUACGAUGAUUCUGAAAAAGUUUUCCAGUGUUUUUUGACAGCCUUUCUUCAGGGAUCUCCGUGUAGAUUUUUUUCCGUAGUUAUUGAUGCUGGGUCGACAGGAAGCCGGUUACACCUUUACCGCUACGUACACAACUCCAACCCCAACGGCUUACCAUUUCUUGUAGAAGAAGAAGUCUUCCAAGAGGUCAGAUAGGGUCUAUUAACAAACCUCGAGAAAAAGCACCACAGUUUUCCGCUAAACAGUUUAAGAAAAUGAUGAAUAGUAGUUUAAUGAUGCGGUGAGGAGUUUUUGGAGCCUUGAGUUAUUUUAUUUUUCUAUUGUUCUCUAGCUUGUCGAUUGCUUCAAAAAAGGUGUUUUUCAGUUUCCGUCUGCAGUAUUUUUAUUGGCAAUAAAAAUAGGGUUUCGAUUUCUUGAUAAUUUACAAACUGAACCUUUUUAGCUUCAAAAGUUGAACCACUUUCUUUUUGAUGAGCGCCUAUUGACCCCUGAUUAACAGGUAAAACCGGGUCUUUCUUCUUUUGCGGGAAAUCCGUCGGCCGCAUCGAAGUCUAUCGAACCGUUACUUCUACGUGCAAGGUUUGAAAUUCAAUUUUUUUUUCUCUGAAACUCAGUUUGAAGCUUUCGAUUAAGUUUGACUCGUAAUAUCUGGAUUAAAAUCCUUCAAAAUAUUAAAAAACGUUCCCUAGUUCCGACUGAAAUCAUUAAUUCUCUUCUCACAAGUGAGGUUUUGGGUGAAACUUGAUAUUUUUUCUAGAAAAAAUCUUCAAAAGCUAAGCUCUUAAGAACUUUCUAAUGGUAACUUUCUAUGAGAAAACGUUUUGCAGGAAAGAAGUGCCGCACUUCAUGUGGGAAAAAACACCGGUGACGCUGAAAGCGACGGCAGGACUACGUCUUCUGCCCGGAGACUUGGCCGACGAAAUCCUCGAAGACGUCGAGAAAACCAUCUUCAGCAGCGGCUUCUUCGCCACAGCUCCCGACGCCGUGUCCGUGAUGAGCGGCUCUGACGAAGGGGUCUACAGCUGGUUCACCCUGAACCUCCUCCUCGACACGCUAUACUCCAGUUGGUUCUUCUGCUUUUUAGGAUGACUUCGUGGAAUCGAUCUUUCCUUUCUCCCAGAUAGAGUAGCAGUUAUUUCUGGAAGAAGUGUGUAGAAAAAGGGAAAGUGUCUAGGGAAAUAAUUGAAUGGAUGAAGAAAUUCAUUACUGUUUUGAGAAAAAGCGUAGUAACCAAGAAAUGUGAGAUCAAAGGUUAUCGUAAACAGUAAGAUUAAUGACUGGAAGUUUUCGGAUAGGAAGUAGAUAAGUAUAGGUAUGUUUGAAUAUAAGCAGCUAGGACUAUAAAUGAAUAGAAUUUUGGCGAAAAGAGGAACCAAGAGAGGUAUUAAGUUUGCUACGGGAAAGUGCUUAAGCAGAGCUUUCUCAAAAGUUGUUCGAGACAUCUUCAAUAAAACGCUUUCUUUUUUUCGGUGCUCUAAAAAAGUUUUCAUAGUAUAAUCCAUUUUUCCGAAAUGGAGUACUUUUCACAGAAAACCCUACGAGCCCACACAAACCGACUGCGUCUCUGUCGGCGGCGGCGUUAGAUCUGGGUGGCGGUUCAACUCAAAUCACCUUCUGGCCAGAAGACGUGGCUGUUUUCGAAGAGUUUCCAGGAUAUGAACGUGACAUCGACUUUUUCGGCGCCCACAUCCGUCUUUUCACUCACAGGCAUUCAGGACCUUCAUCAAUUGAUAAAAUUUUUCUGUUUGAAGUUUUCUCGGCAAUGGUCUCGUCGCGGCUCGUUUGAAUGUUCUUCUGUGGAGCACGAACGAAGCACUGAAGGUGACCAAUUUUUUUCAUUUCACUGAGAAAAAAAACAAGCUUCACUUUUUUCUCAUUAAGUUUUUUUUUGGAUGAUCUCAAGUUCAAAAAAUUUUUUUCAAAGAAAUUUUUUUACUGCUCUGCUAAAAAAAUAAUCAAAUUAGUGUCCCAUUUGAAACUUUCUUCCCAACAGAAGCGAAGAUUGUUUUUUUCAGAAACAACAGCAGUUGAUGUCCCCUUGUAUGCCCGCCGACUUCCAGAUUGCAGACUGGGAGUACGCGCUCAAGUUUUGGAGUGUAAAGUGAGUGUUCUCUGCGACUGAGACUUGCAAUCGACGAUUUUCCAGCGGCACUCGGGAUUAUUCUCACCUGGAAUGCUAUGAAGCUGUGCGAGACUUUGUUCGCAGCAGCAAAAUCAUGCCAAUCAAACGUCAGUUUUUAUUUGCGCGGAGACGACGUUGGUUUUCAGAACUUUCGGGAAAACAAAUCUACCUGUUCUCUUACUUUUUCGACCGGGCCUUGAACUCUGGAUUGGUAAAGAGCAACGCCGGCGGCAAAAUCACGCUUAGAGAUUUUCGAGCGGCGGCAGAAAAAGGUUUUUCGAAAACACGAGACAAUUUUUAUUCAGCUGGAUAGUACAAAAAUUGUGAGAUUCAGAAGAUUUUUUGUCAUCUUUUUCUGUUGAUUGUGUUUUCUUUAUAGUGGGAAAGUUAUGAAAAGGGGAAUUUCUCGUGCGAAAAUUAGAUUGAACGGUAAGUAAUUAGAAGACGAUAUAGCCUGUGUACCACGACUUGGAAUUUCACCAAACGACAUUCCGCAGUGCCGCUGCGCGCCUUUGCGAACCUUGGUGGCGCUUUUGAUUUUUUUUUUUCUUUUAUCAAGGUACUCUACUUUCAUAUGCUCCCACAGCAAUAACAAUCAAUUGAAAUCGUGACCUAAUUUCGAAAGACGCUCCGCGAACGCACGCAGCGGAACAGCGGAAUGUCGUUCGGUGAAAUUUCAAGUCGUGGUAAACAGACUAUAUAUAAACUUAUUCUUUAACUUUUUGGAUGAUAGUGUACGCCACAAAAUGAAUGGACGCCGAAAACCCCAGUGAGAAACAACAACGCUAGAUGAGCUUUUGUCGAUUUUCUCCGUAAAGUAACUUCGAAAACGAUUAAAAAUCUUCAAAUUGAUAGAGAAGACGUUUGAGAAAUCAGAAUUUGAGCUUGUUCACGGACCUCGGAAGAAUUGAACGACGGCUCACAUUGGAUGCCCUGGCAGUGUCUCGACCUUUCCUACAUCUACAGUCUUCUGCACGACGGCUACAUGUUCAGCGAAGAACAGCCUCUUGUGGUGAUUUCUCUGAUGUUCUCUCCUUUUGAUCCCCAUCAUCUAGCUCGCCAAGAAGAUCAAGGGAAUGGAAGUUUCUUGGGGUCAAGGACUCUCAUACGCACUGAUCAACGAAUUCAACGAGUAUGAACGAGCAACAUUCGGAUCGGAAGAGGACAAGGACAACUCGACGGUCGUCGACCAGAUCAUGGGCUACAUUUACAGUGGCACAAACCAUGUUCUAUCCUACUUGAAUAUCAUCUCUAUAUGAGGUUUUGGUAAGUUCUUUCUGUUUUUUUUUUCGAAAGUGAGCUGCAAAAGAAUUUUUAUGCCGUGUUCAAAGUAAUUUCCGCGAAAUGCAAAAUACCCGUUAGAGAAAGGAAAAGAUCACUAAAUUUUGGAGAGUCAGAGAUCAUUUUGCAUUUCGCGGAAAUUACUUUGAACACGGCAUUAGGUUCUAAAGAGUAAGGUAAAUAACAUUUUUUCAAAAAUUUACUGAGAGCAUGGAGGUAAAAUUUUUCUUUUCGUUUCCACUUUAUCUGAUCAUUCAUGAAGACUGUCUUCCAGUUGGCGGUGAUGAACCCAAAAGAUUCUUGA